GCGCAGUGUCACGAGCAGAGACCCAGAGAAAGCGCGUCUAUAAGAGCUCAACCAGCCUAGCAGAGUACUCUCUCUGAGUGUGUGUUUCUCUGAUGUGUAGAGGUGUCUGGGAUACAUUAACAGACAAUAUGUUGCUCUGAGGAUUGUUGGAUUAUCCUUCUCCCUGUUUCCGGCCCACCCUCUCCAGGGUGUCCAGAGAUGUAGAGUGCAGUGUGAGGAGCACCCCCCCUUCUCUCUCUCAGCAGCACUUUCCUUACAAAGAGGUGGAGAGGGAGUAAGAUCACUAGAAAGCAGAAUGCUGCCAGACAACCACAGGACCCUAGAGCUUCCUCUCUCUCUCGGGCUGGACUGCGGUGCGUCUGCGUCUGCACGCCCCCCCCUCCCCCCUCGCCCCCCAGCCAUGGCCUCGCGAAUAGGGCUGCGGCUGCAGCUGAUGCGAGACCAGCUGCAGCAGGAGGAGCAGCGGGAGCGGCAACAGCAGCAGAAUGCGGCGCUGCAGUACAUGCAACAGCAGAGUGUGUCUGCACCCAGCCCCGCCAUCAACGCUCCACAACACUACCAGAGCAUGCAGGUUCCUGUUGAAGUGCUCAAGGUCCAGACUCACCUGGAGAACCCUACAGACUACCACAUACGCCAGUCCCAGAGACAACAGGUGAAGGAGUACCUCUCCACCACCUACGCAACCAAGCAGACGGUGCAUGCAGUAACAGGGGUGGUGCAGCCCUCCCCUCCCCCCACCCUGGCCCCCCCGGGGGCCUCUUCCUCGGCCCCCCCUCCCCUCCACUCCCCCCGGCUCCGUACGGAUCAGCUCAUCACAGGAAACAGCGCCCCCAACAGCCCCAUGGCCAUGCUCAACAUCGGCUCCAGCCACGAGAACGAGGUACAUGAGAUGGAUGAGGUCAUCGAUGACAUCAUCAGCAUGCAGUCGAGCUAUGAUGACAUCCAGCAGUAUAUUGACCCUCUUCAGAUGUCCAACACCCUCCCUCUGUCCAGCAGUCACCUAGACGUGUACACGGGCCCUGGGAUGACCGGUCAAUCCAUCGCCAUGACAAGCAAUUCCUGCCCUGCCAACCUGGCCAUCAAACGAGAGCUGACGGAUGCAGAAACCCGGGCGAUGGCCAAAGAGAGACAGAAGAAAGACAACCACAACCUGAUUGAGAGGAGGAGGAGGUUCAACAUCAAUGACCGUAUUAAAGAGUUGGGCGGCAUAAUCCCCAAAACCAACGACCUGGACGUGCGCUGGAAUAAGGGCACUAUUUUGAGGGCAUCCGUAGAGUACAUCAAGCGGAUGCAGAAGGACAUGCAGAGGACCAGAGAGGUAGAGAACAACUUCAAGAGGAUGGAGAUGGCCAACAAACAACUGUGGCUGCGCAUUCAGGAGUUGGAGAUGCAGGCUCGUCUGCACGGCCUCCCCAGCUCCUCUCCCUCUGGGAUGGGUUCUGGGGACCUGAUGGGUUCCUACGUCAAACAGGAGACCAGCCCUGAGGAGAAGCUCCACCAACAGCAGCAGCAGCAGGCCCAGCACCAGGCUCAUGCCCAGGGCCAACAACACCUCCACCACCCUCAGUCCCACCACCUCCAGCCCCAGCAGGGCCAGCCCAGGCAGCUGCCCCCUCUCCCCCCUCACCUCCAGCCCCAGCUACCCCUCCAGUACCCAGCCGUGGGCAGCUCCCAGCCCUUUGACUUUGCCCAGUCGCUGGACUUGUGUGACGGGGUGCCUGGCUACCCGGAGAGCCUGUCAGGGCUAGGGGAGCUCGGCCUUCUGGGUACCCAGGGAAGGAGAGGCGAGCUGGGCUUCCUGAUGAUGGAUGAGCCCCUGUCUCCUCUGGGUGGAGACCCUCUGCUCUCUGCCAUGUCCCCUGAGGCCUCGGUCGACUCCAGCCGCAGAUCCAGCUUCAGCAUAGAGGACACAGAUAUAUUGUAGAGGGAGUGUACGCACACGCACCAUGCGCACACACACACACACACACACACACACACACACACACACACACACACACACACACACACACACACACACAUAUAUGGUACGUACAGAACACCCACUGGACAUACACCCAGAGCACUGAUAUACUGUGAUAUGCUUUUGCUCUGUUCAACAACCCUGCUAGCAUACAUUUGCACUCCAAACGCCCUCACAUACACUGUAAGCACUCGCAUAGAUACUGUACACACACUGAGACACACUUACACACACACACUCAAAAUUCUCAUGGAUGCACACCCUUAACACUCACAUAGAUACACAUUCAACAGCAAUAUGAGAAAUCCAAUCCAUAUUUCGGAUUGAAAUAGUUUUUCCCUACCACUGUAAAUGUCAGAGCACCUCUGAAUGACACACAAUCUACACACGAACACUCACACACAGCACAGAUAGCUUCUUGUUCACUCUAACACGGAAGGGCCCCUGUUAUUUGAAGGGAAAUAUGUGAGGCACUGCCAAAGGUUUAAGACACAGUUUAACACACACACACACACACCUAGACCCCUUCCUGUGUAAAACACAAUGCCAUGACCUCUAUGGUACUGCCAUCUCCUGUGUGACCUAUGAACUUUAGCCUUUAGUGUACUGCCAAGUCUACUCCAUGACCUCUGACCCCUGUGUGAAUGUUGAGGAGAGAUGGAUUGGCCCUGCAUUGUGAGAUAGUGUAGCGAUGGAAGGGGUUAUGUAGCGACUUAGGUUGAAAUGUAGCUCCACAGUGUAAGUAAUGUCACAGGGUUCUAUGUAGCGACUCAGGAUCUUCUGUAGCCCAGACCCAAACCUGCCAACGUGCCUUGUGUUAGCCACCUGAAGCCCCGCUCUCUCUGGGUUAGAUGGAGAGUGUGGAAAGGGAAGGAGUGGGUUGUGUUUUAGUAUGUUGUAGUGCAGGGUUCCCCAACUGGUGGCCUGCGGGAUGAAUUUUGCCCAUGGGUGAUUUUAUUUGGCCCCCCAAGUUUUCUGAGCAAAAAUAUUGUUAUUGUUUACAUAAAAGACUGUAAAAACA